AUGGGGAGGUUGACGCGAUUAUUGAUUGGGGCAGAUGUGACCAGAAGAAGCGGCGAUGCCACAUCAUUUUCAAGCGCAGUCUCAAUAUCUUCCACUGUAGAAUUGACACAGAAGCUCAACUCCAAACUCAUCUUGUUGCAGGAGGAGCGUACCGUACAGCAUAUUCAACCAGCUGGAGCUCACAAUGGUUAUUACGCUUGCGAUGGCCUUGACCUUCUGGCCCAGGGUAGUCAGUAUCUCAACGUGGGCAUAGUUAAGAAGUACAAGGGAAUACCGGCACAAAUUUGA